GACCCAGAUCAAUGGAGGGUGUUGGUUGAACAUUGGGAAAAAGAUGAGAUUGCAGAGCAAGCUAAAAGAAAUGCUGAAAAUCGGAGUAAACAAACAUUAAAUCACACAUCUGGGACAAAGUCUUAUGCUCGCAGCAAAGCACAAUAUAAUAAGAAACAUGGUGAAGACCCCGAUCCUAUUUGGUUUUUCCAAGAUAAGCAUACACGGCGUGACGAAGAUCGAUCAUGGGUUAACUUGGUGGCUGAGCAGAAAUAUGCUGAAAUGCAGGAAAAGUUGAAGGAAUUGGUUGAAGAUGAAUGUCCUGAUAAUUUAGAGACGCGAAGAAGGGCUUAUGUUGAGGCAAUGGGUCCUGAGACAAAUAAUAGUGUUCGUGGUGAAGGACUUGGGGUGAAACCCCAUCAGGUGCCUUGGAUUCAAAUGAAAGCAGGGUCAUCCAACCGAUUGCGAGGGCACGACUAUGUUCACCUUGAGUCACAGUAUGUAGAGUUACAAGAAAGGUACAAACAUGACCAGGAUCAUUGGCGUUCUGAAUUGAAGGCGAUGGAGGAGUUGUUGAAGCAUAACCAGCAAGAGAUUGAGGAAAUGAGGCAGAUGUUAUCGCGCUCGUCAGCUUCGCAUCAUCCAUUGCACCAGCAGCUGCCAAACCCAUUCCAUAUGUCGUAUUACUCGCCGCAGAUGUUCCAUCAAAUGCCUUAUCAAGCCAGGUCAGUUACUCCUACUGGUGGGUUAACUGGAUUGCUGAGGGGGGAUGCAUACCCAAGUGCGACAGACUUUUUAGAAUCAGAUCAAGGUACUCAUGGACUUGAAUAGAUGCAAUUACUUAGUGUUAUGCAUUUUUGGUAUAUAUAGUUGCUGACGUUGUAUUUUGGACCCUAUUGGGGUAUGCAUGCUUUUGUAGUGUAUUUGUUGAAUAUUUGGAAUUGCAUACUUUUGUAUAGUAAGGGCACCUAAAGUUUUUGAACUCUACUGAUGUAGGCAGACUUUGUAAUAUUUGGCUAUUGUAAUCGACAUUGGUAGUUUAUAUUUAUAAG